AUGAGCGAGGAGAAGAAGAGUCACUUCGUGCUAGUCCAUGGUCCGUGCCACGGCGCAUGGUGCUGGUACAAGGUUAAGCCGUUGCUUGAGGCUGCGGGCCACCGUGUGACAGCCAUAGACCUAGCUGCUUCCGGUGUAAACACAAACCUUAGCUCGAUCACCGAGGUCUUCUCAUGUGAUCAAUACACUGAGCCAUUGUUGAAGUUCCUGAGCUCAUUACCAUGUGAAGAGAAAGUUGUGCUCGUUAGUCAGAGCACUGGAGGUUUGAGUGUAGCCAUCGCUAUGGAUACGUUUCCCCAAAAAAUCUCUGUCGCGGUCUUCGCCACUUCUUUCUUGCCCGAUACCACAAACUCACCAGCGUACGUCGUGGAUAAGUUUUUCCAAUCGGCGCCACCAGAAGCAUGGUUGGGCACAGAGUUCGUACCAUACGGCAAAGACGGUGUGUCUAUGUCCUUCAGUCCUGAGUUCGUGAAGCAAGCCUUGUACACAUCAUCUACUAAAGAGGAUGCUGAGCUUACAUUGCUUGUAAAGCGACCGGGAUCAUUGUUUAUCAACGAAUUAAAGAGGCGUGAAAAGUUUUCCGAGGAAAGGUAUGGAUCUGUUCCUCGAGCUUACAUUGUGUGCAAAGAUGACAAAGCCCUUACAGAAGAAUAUCAACGUUGGAUGAUUGGUAACUAUUCAGUGGAUUUCGUGUCGGAUAUUGAAGGGGCAGAUCAUAUUCCAAUGAUCAGUCAGCCUGAGCUCCUAAGUGAGCGUAUCUUGGAAAUCGGUCAAAAGUUCGCUUGA